AUGUUCUCCCUUAAGACAGCACAGCAGGCCCUUCUUAAUGAUGGGUUUGUCGAUAUGGAGGAUACGACUGUGGGCGAUAUUGUUUUAGAGAUGGAGAGGAGGGACUUUCCUUACCUUACACUAUUUGGCCUAAAGUACUGUAAACGAUAUAUCCUUGGAGAUGAGCGCAUUCGAGACGUUAUUGAAUCCUUACUCGACGAGUGCAGCCUCGGACACUGGCUGCGAUAUCGUGCUUUGCCUGGCCAUAUCGAAUGCUUCAGGAGGGGCGGCAAAGAGGCUGGUCUACGGGUUCUUAUCGUUCAUCAAUUCUGCAAGGACGCUGAGGUUGAAAUCUGGCACGGUUCACAUUUGUAUGAUCUACCUAUAACGGAGGGCGUCUGA